GAGACACUGAUAAAGGCGUAGUCAGAGCGAGAGAGAGAGAGAGAGAGAGAGAGGGAAAGUAAGGGUGGUAAGUGAGUGAGAAAAUUAACAUUAACGUUAACAUUUUGUUUCGAGAGAACGAAAGUUGAAGGUAAAGGAGAGAAAUAUUUCCCCCAAAAAAAAUGACGACAGGCAUGGUGCAAGACCAGAACCUGGAGAAGCACAUAGAGAAACAGAUGGGGUGUAUGGCUGGCUUCCUCCAGAUCUUCGAUCGCCACCAGCUUCUAACCGGAAAACGCCUCUACUCCACCAAACGCCUCCCUUCCUCCGCGGCCGUGGUCGCGUCACCAGAGCCAGAGUCAACCACCAGGUCUCCAGAGAUAUCCAAAGAAUUAGAAAAACAACCGCUGAACAAAACGGCGCCGUCGCCAGACCGAUCGAAGCAAACGCCUCCGUUGACGGAGCUCCGAUCUCCGUCACCGGAAAUUCGGAUUCCGUCAUCACCCGAAGCUAAUCCCAAGUCUCCUCUUCCUCUUCCCGUUUUCGAAUUCAAAGAAGGCACGAGGGCAUCAUGGAAGUUCUCGAGAGAAGCGCCGAGACUCUCACUCGAUAGCAGAGCCACCGUCGACGCCAAGGGAAGCCUUUACCCGAGGGAGAUCCGAACGAACGCGGCUAUAUUGUGCGCCAGUCGAAACUCAGCCGAUGGAGGAGCCGAGAGCGACAAGCAGCACCGAUCGCCGAGCGUCAUUGCGAGGCUAAUGGGACUCGAACCGUUGCAGCAUUCGGAUCCUGAACCGAUCAAGCUCCGGAGAUCUGCGUCCGAAUCCAGAGUGAACCGAGAUCUGAAUCAGUAUCGGUUCGUCGACGGCCAUACUUUUCAACAGAAGCAACCGCAGCAACAGAAUUUGCAGAGUAAUAAUAUUUCCAGCAAUGUAGGUAAAGAGGACCGGAGCUCCAAUCGGGGCUCGAAUGCGAGGCAGUUGGAUCCGAAGGCGCUUAACAAUGCGAAGGCUCAAAGCAAAGGAAUGGGGCAGAGGAAGAGCUUCUUCGAUUCAGCGGACUUCUUUCCGGAGCCGAAACAGAGCGUCUCUGUUUACAAUGAGAUUGAGAAGAGGUUGAGGAUGAGAGGCAUCGACGAGCCGUCGAAAGAUUUGGAAACGUUGAAGCAAAUCCUCGAAGCUCUGCAACUCAAAGGCCUCCUGCACUCUAGGAAAGCUGCGAAUCAGAUUAAUUCCAGAAACUUCGUCUACGAUCGGAGUUUUGGCUCCAACGAAUCUCCGAUUGUUGUGAUGAGGCCGUCCAGGUCGCCGAGUUCGAGUCACCGCGCGGUGAGAUUCGGAAACGAGUCGCCGCCGAGUUCGAGUUUCAGGUCGAGGCCUGGAGUUCGACGGAACGGUGAGGUCUCGCCGGCGGUGAGCCCGAGGCGUGACCGACCGGAGAAUGUACGGGGCCAGAGCAGAGGAAGAAGCCCGAGCGCGCCAACUCGGAGAGAGAAUGGCGUGAAAAGUCCGAGUCGGAGAGGACCGUUGGUGAUCGAAACGCAGAGGAAGGGGAAUGAUUCGGUGGAGCACAGGAGGGUAUCGCCGGUGAACUCUCCUAAGCUUAGUGCAAGAAAGGUGGGGUCAGUGUCAGAUCAACCAUCCACGAAUCGGUCACCGAGGAACAUCAAGAAACCAACGGCUGAGAUGAGCCAGCCAGCGGAGGAUGAAUCAUCCACCACCAUGUCAGAGAGCAGCAUUAGCACCUGUUCACAAGCCGACACCGAGAGAUGGAAGGUGGAGGAAAACAAAGACGGGAGGAGCUUAUUGGAGAGGUGCGACAAGCUGCUUCACAGCAUAGCGGAGCUGCAACCGAGCCCGGUCUCGGUUCUCGACGCGUCGUUUUACAAAGAGGAAUCUUCACCUUCUCCAGUGAUGAAACGCAGCAUUGAUUUCAAAGUUGAAAUGGAAGACAUUUGGGGGCAGGCAAUGUGGGGGACCGAAUCGGAAUUGGAAGACUGCGAUUUCGUCUACGUAUCGGAGAUCCUCCAAGCUGCCAAUUACUUACCGGAAGAAUCCGAUAUUUUCCUAUUGCUAGAGAAGCAGCAACAUCUCAAAGGAAAAGACACCUCCAGAGUUUCAACACUCGAGAGGAGGCUCAUCUUCGACACCAUCACUGAAAUUCUAGACCAAAACCGGCAACUACCGCCGUGGAAGGCGGUUUCUAGCCAGGCUUCCUUGCCCGAAAUUUGGUCCGAGUUUCGGAGAAUCCGGAAGAGGGACGAAUCAGAGGACUUGUUUGAGGUCAUAUGUGGGGUGCUGAAAAAGGACCUUGCUGGGGAUGCAUUCAACAGAUGGGGAGACUGUUCGAUCGAAAUGUCCGAUGCCGUUUUGGACAUCGAGCGGUUGAUUUUUAAGGACUUGAUCGGCGAAACAAUCCGAGAUCUCGCUACUGUUCCCACCAACGCCAGUAAAGUAUUGGCGCCUUGUAGGAAGUUGGUGUUCUAAACCCGAGGGAAACAUAAAGUUUUAAAUUUUCGCGCGCUUUUUUUUCAAUUAAGAUUAAAAUAUGAUGUUUAGUUUUAAUUUUUGUUUUAGAUUAGAAAUUUUGGGAAAUAUUUUUCUACGUUUUGAUAAACCAGGCAAAGUAAAUCUAACGAUCCGCUUUCGCAAUCUGUAAAAAAGGAAAAAAGAAAAAAAGAAGAUGGGUGUCUGUUCUAAAUUCUAAUAUUAUUUGUGGAUUACAUUUGGAUA